CCAGUGUCCACCACUUCUGUUAACAGGCUCGACGAUAGAAAGAAUGCAAUCGUAGAGGACUUCCUGAAGAGUUGAGGUUGAUAGCGGAGGAUGGCUGGGAUGGUCAGUACAGACCUGGGAGUAUACGAGCAUUAUUGAGUCCAGUUGAGGCUGGAAUACUACUGCAGCCUGAAGAGUGUGAUGGUGACUCUGCAGCAAGUGUCUGGUGCCCGCCAAAGGCCGCGAUCAUUAUCGGGACCCCGCCAUUGCAGGGCAUGCGGAGGGUCUGGCUGUCCUUACAUUAUUCAAGUAUCUACGUAAGAUAAGGUAGAUACUGUAGGUACCAUUCAACCUCUUCGUCUCGAGGCGCAUAUCAACCCAUUGUUCAACAGCGCUUCAGACGCAUCAGACCUCGCUGCCGAGAACUGCCAUGUCUUGAGAGAGCAUUCACUGUCCAGGCGCCACUCGCUGGCUGCUGGCUGCCCUUUCACCCCGUCCUCCGCUUCGCCUGCGUCCAACCGCUCCCCCACCAUACCUAGUAUCCUGUUGAACCGGGCAUCGUUACGCAGUAACCAUAACCAUGGAUCCGCGGCGGCACGAAUACAUUGUUGAAGUGUUUGCCGACCAGACAUUCGUGGCAGACAUUGUCAAAGGAGUCUUGCAUACCAUCUUUUUCCACCGAUACUUUCCUCCCGUGAGGCCGUCCCUAUAUAUGCCAUCGGCCUCGACGUCGCACUCCUCAUCACACUCGGCCCAGUCACUGCCAAUCCCGCUACCUUCCAUCCUUGACCCGCCUGAGAUAUCUACUGCGAUCGAUUCGCAUACUGCCCUCCUUGUCUCUCAACUAACCCCUCAGUCGUCAACGAGCUCUGCAUCAGGAGCUUCUCGUGGGGAAAUCGUGGUUCGAUUCUAUGACCGGAAACGUCGAAAGACUGGGAUCACCACGGGCUGGUUGGGUCGUCUGGGCGGAGGUGGUCAAACGGAAGAAGAGGUUUGCUGGGAAGAAUGGUGUGUACAGGUCAUCGUCGCCAGGCCCCGCAGCGAAGCAGACCGCAUCAAGGUACGCAGGGCCAUGGAAUCAUCUCUACAGAAAACGGCCAUGAAGAUUGUCGCCAUUGUGAAUAAAGAUAAAGACCAUAUCCCACCCAUCACCACCAGCGACCAGAACCCGUUUCCCUAUCGGAUAUUCGUCAAUCCGAAGCAGCAGGAGAGUGCGGAAAGAGGCUUUGGAAGCUGGAAUUGAUCUACAACUACCGCACCUGGCCUUGGUGGCUUUGUAGACGUUGGAGCGCACACCCCUACAUUAUGAAGUAUCGGACGACUAGUAACGUGCAGCACCCUGAAAUCGGAUUUUAUGGGGUGUUUAUAGGAUGUUUGCGUCAAUUGUUCAUAUCAAAAGCCGUAGAUAAUCUCCAUAAGCAAACCCCAGAGUGAAUCGGUCUAUCGUGCUAAUCCGCAACAGUUUCAUCCCAAUGUUCCUCACUCUCCGCUGGCUGGUACGAAUUCCAACCAGCAACUCUAACCAUGCUUGAACCAAUUCUCAUUGUUUACGUGUAAUGUGGCUGCCAGUAUACAGGAUUGUCGCGAAGAGAUGUUUUGGCGCGGAGCUCGUUCGCAUCAAACGUCAGCGAUGUCUUUCAACUCGCGGACAAAAUCCUUGUAUGAUUGCUUGAAUCGUUUACUGGCUUUUGAAAGCCGCAUCAGCC